ACCUAUAUGCCUGAGGGGCAACACACACUAUUCUAUCACCAUCAUCAACAUCAUCAACAUAACCAGUCCUCCUCCUCUCUAACCCCAGAGAUCACUUCUUUUACUCUGGCAGAAAACACCCGCCAGUCAUCAUGGCGACUGCCACCCUCACCAUGCCGGACCCGACCAAGCGUCGGCAGCCCAAGAACCUCAAGAUGCCCUCUGAGAGCGAACGAGCCAUGCGCGCCUGUGCUGAAAUUGCCAGUGCUCUGAUCCAGGACUACGAGGCCCAGAGCGACGGCGCAGCACCGAAGAAGGACAUCAAUCUGAACAGUCUUCGUGGACAAAUUGCCAAAAAGUACAAGCUCGCCAGCCAACCUCCACUGACGGCCAUUAUCGCUGCGGUCCCCGAGCACUACAAGAAAUAUGUUCUUCCAAAACUCAUUGCCAAACCAAUCCGAACGUCCUCCGGUAUUGCCGUUGUGGCAGUUAUGUGCAAACCUCACCGAUGCCCACACAUUUCCUACACGGGCAACGUCUGCGUCUAUUGUCCCGGUGGCCCAGACUCUGACUUUGAAUACUCGACGCAAUCCUACACUGGCUACGAGCCGACAUCGAUGCGUGCCAUUCGUGCGCGCUACGACCCUUACGAACAAGCCCGCGGACGAGUCGACCAGAUCAAAUCCCUAGGCCACAGCGUCGACAAGGUCGAGUACAUUAUCAUGGGCGGCACAUUCAUGUCUCUUCCAGAGAGUUACCGAGAGGAAUUCAUCUCGCAACUGCACAACGCACUGAGCGGCUACCAAACGAACAAUGUCGACGAAGCCGUCGAGGCCGGCGAGAUGAGUAACAUCAAAUGCGUCGGCAUCACCAUUGAAACCCGCCCCGACUACUGUCUGGACACACAUCUCAGCAGCAUGCUUCGAUACGGCUGCACUCGUCUCGAAGUCGGCGUGCAGUCUCUCUACGAGGACGUCGCGCGAGACACGAACCGCGGCCACACCGUUGCAGCCGUCGCCGAGACAUUCAAGCUCGCCAAAGACUCGGGUUUCAAAGUCGUCAGCCACAUGAUGCCGGAUCUGCCCAACGUCGGCAUGGAGCGCGACCUCGAUCAGUUCCGGGAAUACUUUGAGAACCCCGCCUUCCGAACCGACGGUCUCAAGAUCUACCCCACCCUCGUCAUCCGUGGAACAGGUCUCUACGAACUCUGGCGAACAGGCAGAUACAAGAACUACACCCCCAACGCACUGAUCGACCUCGUGGCGCGAAUCCUCGCGCUCGUUCCACCAUGGACCCGUAUUUACCGCGUGCAGCGCGACAUCCCCAUGCCGCUCGUCACAUCGGGUGUCGAGAACGGCAACCUGCGCGAACUGGCACUCUCCCGAAUGAAAGAUUUCGGAACCACCUGCCGCGACGUGCGCACUCGCGAAGUCGGCAUCAACGAAGUCAAGAACAAAAUUCGCCCAUCGCAAGUCGAGCUCGUGCGCCGCGACUACGUGGCCAAUGGCGGCUGGGAGACCUUUCUGGCGUACGAAGACCCGAAGCAGGAUAUCUUGAUUGGUCUCCUGCGUCUGCGCAAGUGCUCGUCCACACAUACGUUCCGGCCGGAAUUGACUGGCCAGCAGAGCAGUCUGGUGCGCGAGCUCCACGUGUAUGGUACUGCCAUUCCUGUCCAUGCCAGAGACCCCAAGAAGUUCCAGCACCAGGGCUACGGUACCCUGUUGAUGGAAGAGGCUGAGCGUAUUGCGCGUGAGGAACACGGAAGUAAGAAGAUUAGCGUCAUCUCCGGUGUCGGUGUCCGCAGUUACUACGCCAAGCUCGGAUACUGGCUUGAUGGCCCGUACAUGAGCAAGAUGCUGGACGAUGAAAAGGAUGAUGAUGCCGAAAGCGAGAGCGAUGAUGAGUAGAACAUACAUGAACUUGGGUCGUUUCUCUUUUAUAACAGUUAUUUUUGGGAAAGUCUAGGGUGGUCUUAUGCAUCACAUGUGCAUUCUAAGGCGUUUAAGAGGGUCGUAUCUUUGGGGGCGGAAACGGCGUUGGUACUAUGUAUUCACAAUCUUCCCCGCCAAUUUUUGUGGCGGGUAUAUCA